UUGGCUGCGCUUGCGCAUGAGAGGAGACUAGGAGAGGGGCUGUCUGUGUGUCUGCUAGUGUCUGUGCUCAGGCUCACGUAGCAGAGAGAGAGCCAUGGCUGGCUUCUAAGGGGAGGACUGGAGGCGGGAUCCCGGCUGGAGAGAGAGAGAGGAAGCAUUCCGAGAGGGGCCUUGCAGACUAGAGUUACAGUUGCAGAGCAGCAGAGCAAGGCGCUAGCUCUUCCUCGCCUUCCAGAGGCUCAGAAUAACUGGGAAGAACGUGUUAGAACAUCAGUCAACCAGGCUCACAUCCACCUCCCAGAGAGCCUUCACAGUAGCUGCUCCGAAAUUGUGGAACAGUCUCCUGGAAGAGAUCCGUCUCAUUACCUCCUUGGAGCCAUUUAAGAUCUCUUCUGGCAAGCUUACUCACCUGACCUUGUGUAAGAAACACCUCCAGACCAUUGUGUGUGUUAAGGUGAACGUGUAAUAACUAUGGGGCUUACAAAGUCCUGGUGUCUUCUAGUUCUUUGCAUUCUGCUGCCCUCUUCUUAUGCCUAUACAGAUUUCUUCACUUCAAUUGGACACAUGACCGACUUAAUUAAUACUGAAAAAGACCUGGUGACUUCACUGAAAGACUACAUCAAAGCAGAAGAGAGCAAGCUGGAACAGAUUAAGAAGUGGGCAGAGAAGUUGGAUAAGCUGACAGACACUGCAACAAAGGACCCAGAAGGAUUCUUGGGACAUCCUGUGAAUGCAUUCAAGCUAAUGAAGAGACUUAACACAGAGUGGAGUGAACUGGAGAAUUUGGUGCUUAAGGAUAUGUCUGAUGGGUUUAUUUCCAACAUGACUAUUCAACGCCAAUAUUUCCCUAAUGAUGAAGAUCAAACAGGUGCUGCCAAAGCUCUCUUACGGCUCCAGGAUACAUAUAAUUUAGAUACAGAUACCCUCUCUAGGGGAAAUCUUCCAGGAGUGAAGCACAAGACUUUUCUAACAGCUGAAGAUUGUUUUGAGUUGGGCAAAAUUGCUUACACUGAAGCAGAUUACUACCACACUGAACUGUGGAUGGAGCAAGCUCUGAAACAGCUUGAUGAUGGAGAGGUUUCAUCUUCCAUAGACAGAGUUUCUGUUCUAGACUACUUGAGUUAUGCUGUUUACCAACAAGGGGAUCUAGACAAAGCAAUGAUGCUUACAAAGCGGCUACUUGAGCUGGAGCCAGAGCAUCAGCGAGCAAAUGGCAAUUUGAAAUACUUUGAAUAUAUAAUGUCUAAAGAAAAAGAAAAAGAAGCGAACAAAUCCAUUGCCGAAACAGAUGAAAAGACAGGAAAAGAAACUAAAAGUCAGAAAAAAUCAAAAGAUUAUCUGCCAGAGAGACAGAAAUAUGAAAUGUUGUGCCGUGGAGAAGGUCUAAAAAUGACUCCUAGAAGACAGAAGAAACUUUUUUGCCGUUAUUCUGAUGGAAAUAGGAAUCCUAGGUAUAUACUGGGACCUGUCAAGCAAGAGGAUGAGUGGGACCGUCCUCGUAUUGUUCGCUUCCUAGAAAUAAUUUCCGAUGAAGAAAUAGAAACUGUCAAAGAGCUUGCAAAACCAAGGCUGAGCCGAGCUACUGUGCAUGAUCCUCAGACUGGAAAACUGACCACAGCACAUUACAGAGUCUCUAAGAGUGCCUGGCUGUCUGGAUACGAACAUCCUGUAGUGGCACGGAUUAAUGCAAGAAUACAGGAUCUAACAGGACUGGACGUUUCCACAGCAGAGGAACUGCAAGUAGCCAACUAUGGCGUAGGAGGCCAGUACGAGCCUCAUUUUGAUUUUGGAAGGAAAGAUGAACCAGAUGCCUUUAAAGAACUGGGUACAGGCAACAGAAUUGCUACAUGGUUAUUCUAUAUGAGUGAUGUGUCAGCAGGGGGAGCAACUGUAUUUCCAGAAGUAGGAGCUAGUGUUUGGCCUAGAAAGGGUACAGCUGUUUUUUGGUAUAAUCUUUUUCCAAGUGGAGAAGGGGACUAUAGUACAAGGCACGCUGCCUGUCCAGUACUGGUUGGAAACAAAUGGGUGUCCAACAAAUGGAUCCAUGAACGUGGGCAAGAAUUUCGAAGACCCUGUAGUUUAUCAGAGUUGGACUGAUCCAGAACUUCCUUCUUUCUCUUUUUGUGCAAAUUACAUUUCCCUUCCACGUUGCCUUGAUUAAUACUGAUAGUUUACACUUACACUCCAUUACAACCUUCAUCUCCAGUGCCAACCAUUGCUUCAUCUAUGGACAAAUACCAUCUUUUCUUAUCUACGGAAGAAUACCUUUGCUAAUAUACCCAUUUAAAUUUUUUAUAGAGAGAAUAUAUUUGAUUUUUAAUGUCUGUGAGUUGUCAAGGCCAAAAGUAACUUGUACUGACACACUAGAAACUUUUGCUGGUGAUAAAAAUGAAUAUGGACAGUCCCUCUUCUGCCAAGGAUUUUGUUCACUUGGAAGUUAAGGUAUUGCAAAUCAUGUCUACAUUUGUUCCUUGUUUUAAAAGUGCCUGGCCACUGUUACACAACUGUGGAUAGGGAUUGCAAGCCAAAUCUGUUUGACAUCAGUGGCAAAAGUCUCCACUGAACAGAUUAUGGAUUUUACUCAUGGGCUACUGCUGUGAAAAUUCAGGUACAGAUAAUUUUCCUUUCACCCCACCCUUUUUCUUUUCUGGUAAUCUUUCUCAUAUGAAUAUGGCUGAUAAUCCUAGGCCAGUAGUUGUGCACAUAUAGUUGGCUUGAACAGUACUAUGGCACUGGCUUUUUGUUUUUGUUUUUGCAACUGCCAUGUGCAUGAUUACAGCUUGGAAAGAAAACAGAUCUUGUUUUCCAGGUAUAAUUUGUGUUUUAACUAUAUUGUGAUUCAGCUUCGAUCAUUCAAUAAUUAUUGCUGUUUUUUAUUGUUAUCUAAUAAGUCUGAUCCCCAUGAAUCCAGGAAGGCAAGAAUGUAAUUGACUUAAACUCGGCAUUGUGCUUUAGGCUGAGAACCUCAGUUCAUGUGAAACUAUUUGUUUGAAAAGAAAAUGCACCUGUUCAUCCUCCAAAUGCUAAACUUUGUUUUUCAACUGAAGUGUUUCCUGACAAAGAUGAUAUAUUUAUAAUACUAAACCCUUUCAGAACUUUUCA